AUGGCUGCUGUUCAGCUCCUGUUGGCUGCCACCGUGUGGAUGAUGCUUCACAUGGGAGCUGCUGCUGCUGCUGUGCUGUCGAGCUCCACAGAGCUGCUCAACGCGACCAGAGCUGCAGCUGAGACACAGUCUUAUUUGAGGAUGCUCAGUGGAGCCGUGGGUGGGUCUCGCAGCAGACGUAGGCGAGCCAUUUCACCCAGAGACAUGAACGCCCUGCUGGACUACCACAACCGAGUCCGCUCUCAGGUCUUCCCUCCUGCUGCGAAUAUGGAGUACAUGCUGUGGGAUGAAGGACUUGCUAAAUCAGCUGCCUCUUGGGCUUCACGAUGCAUUUGGGAUCACGGUCCGACACAAGCCAUGAAAUAUAUGGGCCAAAACCUGUCAGUCACUUCAGGAAGGUACUGGUCCAUCACAGAUCUGGUCAGCUCCUGGUACAAUGAGAGGCAACAUUUCUCCUACCCCAACAGAUGCACUGGAUCUGUGUGCUCGCACUACACUCAGAUGGUCUGGGCAAGCACCAGCAGAGUGGGAUGUGCUGUCAGGAAGUGCUCCAACAUGCAGGUGUUUGGCAGCACCUGGAGAGAAGCGACACUGCUGGUCUGCAACUACUCUAUAAAGGGAAACUGGGUGGGAGAAGCUCCCUAUAAGAGCGGGAGGCCUUGUUCUGUCUGUCCGUCCAGCUAUGGAGGCUCCUGCUGGAGGAACCAGUGCUCAUACAACACAAAAACCAGAAAACUCUAA